GUUGUUUCACUUCUGCUUUCGCCUGUUCAGGUUUAACACGAGCUGCGAGUAGAAGAAGUCACUGAAUGAGCAGGAGGGUUUUUACACUUGUUUUCCCUCCGUCGGUACGGUUGAAUGAUGAGGAAGAAGAGUAUAUCCCUAAGGAUCAAGAACAAACUACAGCAUGACAUCUAGGAGGGGUAGAUGAGUUGAAGAAAGGAUUUUUUAAAACCUUGAGUUGAAAAGAAAAGGAAAAAGAAUUGAACUAUGGCGCUGUCCGUUAGAGCGCCUAUGUUGAUUGAGGACUCCAGCCUGACAGGCUGGAAGGUGAUCGGUUCAGGGGGUUUCGGACAAAUCUACAAAGCCAGGCAUCUCGAUUGGUGCUAUGACGUGGCCGUUAAACUGCUUCAUUACGACGAUGGGACCAGCACGUCUUUGCUGCGUGAGAUUGAAAUGACGCGUCAAGGAAGCAGCCCUUAUGUUAUUCAGGUCCUCGGGGUCUUCAAGGGUCGACCGCCCUCCUCUGGCCUGUCAGCACAGCUCGGCCUGGUCAUGGAGCUCAUGGAGAGAGGAUCACUGGCCUCCCUGCAGGACACCUUACGUGAAACUCUACCUUUGCCGCUGGUCUUCAGACUCGCUCACCAAGUGGCUCUGGGUAUAAACUUUCUCCACCAUCUGUCCCCUGCCGUGCUCCACCUGGACCUGAAGCCCAGCAACGUGCUGCUGGACUCUGAUCUCAAUGCCAAGCUCACGGAUUUUGGCCUCGCUCGGCAAUACCACAGCGUAACACGGGUUUCCAAGAAAGAGAGCGAAGAGGAAGGGGGGACGUUGAGCUACAUGCCACCGGAGGCGUUUGCCGUAUCGUACAGCCCUACUCGAGCCUCUGAUAUCUACAGUUACGGUAUACUCUUAUGGUCCAUUGUGACAGGGAAACAACCAUAUGCUAAUGCAUUGUCCAGCAUAGUGCGGUUUCGCAUCCCGCAGGGAGACCGUCCAUCGCUGGACGACAUCAAGUGCCAGGCUGUCGGGGUUGCAGGGCUGACUGGAUUGAUGGACCUCAUGAAGAAAUGCUGGGAAGAAAAACCCACCCAAAGGCCCACAGCCUAUGAGUGUACGACUGCAACAGAAGAGCUGUACAAGAUUCACAAACACGCAAUUCGCGAUGCCGUCCAUAAAGUGCUGAUGAAACUGGAAGAAGAAAGUACAAUAGAGCUGGUUCAGAGCGUUCAUAUCUCUCAGGCUCCAGUUAAUACCGGAGCUGAAGCAGUAAAUGUUUAUAAUGAUGUGCCGACCGGGCGCCCGCCAAUUCAGGAAAUGGCUGGUCGUGGGGCUGCAAAUCCAAGAGACAAAGCAAGAGUCAAAGACUCGCCUUCAGCUCAACAUGCGAACGUCUGCGAUGUUGAUGAGGGACGCCCGUCAAUAGACCAUAAAGUGAAAGCGUCUUCUGUUCACCCCAUUCAAUCAUCAUCACCAUCGCCGUUUACUUCGACUGGGAGAUCACCUCAAGGCACCUCAGCAAAAAUGUCCCAGCAGGCUUUUAGCCAAAACCAGGUUCCACCGUACUAUCGUCAGUUUUCCGGUCCGCCUGCUGCAUGUGGAGUCAACAUCUACCUGAGCAAUGUGACUGGAUUUCAGCACGGUGACAACAAUGUCAUGCACAUCAACACAGACAGGAGACGGCACCCAACAGCACCAUCCAGAGUCGACCUCAUGCCGCCACGUUCAGGAAGCAGGAGGGACAAGACAGGAGGCUGAGUUCACAUUAAGUUCUCUGGUUUUCGUUUUACAGUUCUCUAUGCUUGGUUCAUCCUUUCUUAUACAACUGGAAGGGUUUUGUAAGAGAAGCUCCCUAUUAGAAAAAAAUAAACUUUUCUUGUUUUUUGCUUUUCAAAUCUGGACAGGAUUCAGAUGUUUUUAAAAAUAUAUUUCUGUAUUUUUUUUGUCUUUUAUUUAUUCUGUUAAAACAUUUAAAACCAAUUAAUAAAACUUAACACCUCCCUUUUGCCAUGUCAGCAGUAUAAAUAUGAGCCAAUGCUGGUCAUAUGGUUUUGCUUCUCCACCAACUGUGGUCAACAAAUAUCCACUUUUGUAGUGCCAGCUCGCCAUCAGGUGCCAGAAAUUGCCUUAACAACAGAUUGACUAAACAGGUAGAUAUAUAGUCUAACCUCUUUACAAAUAGUUUUUUUAUUGUUUGUUUUAGCCUAAAUGUCAGGAGAGUGACAGAAAUGGAGAAACUCCUUAAUACAUUUUAGCAUUUUUCCUGGUUUGUCAUGGAUGUUAAAACAGAAAUGUGUGUAUAUAUAUAUAUAUAUAUAUAUAUAUAUAUAUAUAUAUAUUUCGUUAAUGUGUGAAUGUAUUUUCUACUGAUUGCAUUUAUUCAGGUCCUUUUUAUACUCAUGCGUCCUUAUGAUGGUACAUCAACAUUAGUCCAGACCCAAAGAAUUGUAUUUUACGUUUUAUAUUAUUUUUUAAAGUUUUUUUUAAAUGUACAUUUUUGAGAUGAGUUUUCAAAAAAAUAUCAAACACAAGGUUGAAUUUUAACAGAAGUGUGUAUACAGUGACAUCCAGAGUUUGAUGUAAUGGUGCUGCCAUUAAAUUUGGCAUUUUGAAUACUCGAAUAGAAGCAUGACGUAGCUUCAAUGAAGUGUUGAUGAACGAGCAUGUGUGGAAUAUUUCUGUCGUGUUGUUUUGCAAUAUGCAAAAAAAAAGUUCUGUAUUUUUGUUAUUGUUAACAAAUCACAUAAAAAAAAAGACCCAGACCAAUACUUUCUGACACUACCCUCUCUGUGGCUCUCAGUCAAAACAGCUCAGGGAACAGUUGGGCUCUGUAAUUUUUAACAAACAUUAAUCAAACUGGGACUAUUUUCAGCAGUGGAUUAACGCACAAGUGGAAUUGACUCCAAAGUGGAAAACAAUGGAGUUAUAUGGUACAGAAAAUACAUAAACAAUACUGGUUUGUAGAAUCACGUCAUUAUUGUUUUUGGUCUUUAAUGGGAAUUGUCGACUGUAACAAAAAUAUAGAAUAUCAACCGACUUAUACUUUAAAGGUACUUAAGUGAAACUGUAUAAUAUUAAGACAUUAAGAAUCUGGAGAUUGUAGUAGCUAAAAUGUACAGUUUACUAAGAUUCAGAUAAUUUAAUAAAUUCUGUUUGUACUCAAA